UAUCCUGAGUCAGGAAACUUGGGCUCCGUAAUGACCGGGCUUCGAGAAUCUCUCUGUUAAACUGCCGGCGUGAAAAGCAAUGGAAGCAAAAAUGGAAGACUUGGACGCCUGCAUUUCUGCGGAAACUGAUAAAAUUGAGCCGGAAAUAUCUUUGCUAGAGGACGAAGUAUGUGAAGGUGGAGUACUGGAACCGGAGGAGGAAGAAAAACUUGGAGAAAGCCUAAAGGAAGUCAUUAAAGACAAGUCAGUAAAACCUAAAGUGAAUUACAUUAUGUCAAGCUCAUCCUUCUCCAUGUUGGCGGUUCAAAGUGAGGACUGUGGAAUUAUUUGGGAAACUGUUUCAAGUAGUCGGUGCUCCACACCAUGGGCAUCGGAAAGCACUGCCUCUGACGUUUACAGCAUGGAAAGUACUCCUCUGAGCUCUCCACCAGGGAAAGUAAUAUUUAUUACAGAUGAACUGUCUCAGUGCUCAUCUGUGAAUGAGCAUCAAAGCAAUAAAAAGAGUAAAUCUGAGAAGCAUCGUGUAGAGGCAAUGGAUCUCAGGCCCGGGGACACCUUGGAAAUGGCCAGAAAUAACUUGUGUGUUUUAAGAACACAAGCAGACAAAGUUCAACAAGUUGGAAUGGACAAAAUGACAAAUUCAAAAUUGUUGAAGGAGACUAAUAAGACAGAGGUUUACAGUCAACCGCUCGUAGAACAUCGACCAGUAUUGUCGAAAUUAGCAAGAAAACCUAGUGAGGAUGAAAAUGUGAUGCAUGAAGUGUCAGCAACCUCUGAAGAUGUUGUGCAACAUCUUGCUCCAGUGCACUGUCGGAGGAAACAUCAUAAAAAUACAGUAGAACAGAAUGAAAAUAGUGUAAAGCUGAAAGACAGUUGUUUAAUCAAUUCAUUUUCAACAAGACCAGACCAGCAAGUUAGCAUACCUCCAGCAAAACUAAGAAAGCAAGGAGAAUCAGAAACUCUGAAACAUUUCUCAGAUACAGGACUUAUUUCAGCAUCACCAGAGUGCAAAGAUUCAAGGCUGUCUGUAGAAACUAGUACAGAGCCUGUAAGAAUUUCACAUUCGAAAGAGACUUGUAAAGAUACAGAGCUCUUCUCUUCACCUUCCAAGAUGGUAAUAUCUAAUGGAACAAUACCUACAGGCAAGGGUGACUUGCAAAAUAUUAAAAUUGCUUCAGAUUACGGUCCGCCCUUUUCUCAUGAAACAUCUAUUCCAGACUGUAAAAAAUUAGCUUCUGACAUGGAGCUAACAUCUGUUCCAUUUGAGGAUAGAUCACAUUUAAAUAGAAGUCCCGCUGGCAACACAUUAACAAAAACAAUACUUCAUAGUUUUCCAGAGAAACAAGAAAUUAUGAUAAAAGAGGAUCAAGCUUACUCAAUGGCAAAUCCAGAAGUCAACUUCCUAGGGAUGCCUAUAACUAUCAGUUCAGAGCUUAUGAAGCCCAUGGGAAGUGCAGAAUCUGGAAUACCUUAUAAAGGCACAGAUAAUUUUGGAUCAGUAAUCAAAGAUGAAUGUGUAGAAGCUGCAGAUGUAAACUUACAGAAUUUAUCUUUCACUCCAACUGUAGGGAUGGUUGCAGGUAUGGAAACACCUCAAAGUUCAGAAAGGCAUGAAGCUGAGAUACAGGAGAAACCAUUUUACUCAAUGGCAAAUCCGAAGACAUUGGAAGCGCCAAAUGGAUCCCUUCACAGAACACCUGAGGAUGCUUGUCUCUCAAGGUUAGUGGAUUUGGAAGAUAAAUUACAGCUUGAAGAAGAUAGUAAAAUUCAGAAAGCUGUGUUCAACAUAGUGGCUGAAGGUUCUGAAAUAUUGAACAUUAUUGCUCCAGCAAACCUUUGUUCAGUGGACCAAGAGGAAUGUCGCAAAAUGCAGGACAACCUGUUGUAUUUACAAGUCAAUCCUAAUAUUGAAAAAAAAUAUUUUGAAGGUGAUAUUGCGAGCACAGAUAGUUUUAAUAGAAUGAAGGAUGCACAACAAUCAAGCUUAUUGGGUGCAUCACAACAUUGUGAGCAACACCCGAAUCCUCAGAAUUUAUGGGACUCUUUCACUGUGGGAAAAUCCAUUCCUUCCUCUGUAGUGCAUGCUGAACAUAUCCAUGUAACUGGAUCAAAUCCUUCCAAUGUGGCUGGGUCAAAUCCCUCUGAUGCGAUUAGAACCAAUCCCACUCAUGAGAUUGAGACACAUGCUUCCCAUCGACUUGGAUCCAAUCCUCAUACUAUCAGCUCUAAUCCCUCUCAUGGGAGCGAAUCUAAACCCACAUCAGUUGAGACACCCAAUCCUUCCACCGCUACAGUAUCCAAUCCUACAUCCACUGAACAGAGCACUGCAGUUGAUAAGUCUGCUAAGAAGAGCGGAAGCAAGGAAUAUGAUUAUUUUGAAAAAUAUACUUUGGUGGAUGAAAGAGUCCCCAUUGAUCCAGUUACAAUAGGACACAAAGUCUUGGAAUUACCAGUUCCAGAGGUAGAGAAUCCAUCUGUGAUAAACCUGGAAAUGGGCCUGAGCGCAGAAGAAAAAGAGCUUUUUAAUUUUGAUGAGUUUGAUGUGUCUGGAAGUCCUGGAAGCUAUGACGAUACAACAGAAUUUUCUGUACAAACACCCAAGCCUGAGCCAUUGAGAAAAAGAGAGGAAGGAGAUAUUGCAGGUGUAUUUUAUCAUAAGGAAGCUGGUUCGUUGCUCUUUGACACGACUGAAGGAAUUCUUUCGCGCUCCCAUAGUUUUCCAAUUUCAACCAAGUUGGUUGACCUUACACUUCUAGAGGAACCACCUGCACUGGCAUUUUAUUAUAAAGACCUCUAUGAGGAAGCUAAGGGACGGAGAGACCAAAACAAUGACCAGUCAGAUGAGGACAGCAGUAAUCCCGAACUUUCAUUUCAUUGUCAUUCAUCUGACACAGAUGAAGGGAAUGGAUUGUACUUCGAGAAGUACAUCCUGAAGGAUGAUAUCCUAGAUUUGCCAAGGGGAAUGAAACCAGAGCAAUCUCCUUGUUGGAGUGAAGCAUUGCCGCAAAAUGUUGCCGUUGAAGCAGAAAGAAUUUCAUUAUUUUCGGAAAGUGAAGAGCAGUUUCCUGCAAUAGACAUUGAUGAGGCAGAAGUUCCAAUGCAAGAAAGAGAUUCUGAAAAAGUAUUGGAGCUACAGAAAGAAUAUGAAGAAAAAUCAAUGGAAGAACAUGAAGAUCAAAAAGUUUUGUCAGAAACUCUAUCCGUAACAUGUGAGAAAGUUUCAGAAGAAUUAAGUAUGGCAGUUGAGCAAAAGGAAGAAAAUGCUAAUGAAAUGGCAAGUAAGGAAACACUGGAUAUUCAAACAUUCCCUGUUGAGGAAACACUUUAUGUAAAAGAAAAACUUUCCGCUGAUGUUGAAGAUCACUUGGAUACAGGGCAUCUUGUCAAUCUAGAUUAUUCAUUUGACAAAUACGGAAAUCUCUCCAGUGAAACAGGAUUAGACAUUAAUUAUAAUUUGCCAGCACUAGAAAUUAAAGAUACUCAGGAAUGUGUGUCCAGUAAGAAGGCAGAUAUUUAUCAGAAUGAAUUUGAUAUUUUGGAGAAGGAACAAUCUGUUGAACAAAAAUUCAGAAUUGAAGAUGAACAAGCUCCUGCUGAAUUGGGACAGGAAGCUGACCAGGAAUGCAUUAAACCAUCCAGAAAUAUUGAAGAUACAGCACAUGAUGAAAUAAUCAUUGGGGAGCACAUUUUAGAGACUGAAGAAAUAGCUCCACAACCAGGGACAGAAGAAUAUGGGAAGACAGACUAUACAGCAAGAAUGGAUGAAGAAAUCUGUAAAGGUGUUCAGAAAGAAGACUUUGGUCUUAAUGAUAGGACAUUACAUUCAGAAUCAACUGAAAUUCCAAUACCCGUUGAUGAAAUGGAAACUUCAGAUGUUGAAAUAAUUGAUUUACAGAGUAUUGAAAGCAUUUCUAAGGAAAAGGUUAACAUUGAAACCGAAGACCAAAGAAAAACUAUAGAUGAAACAGGUUUUGAAGAAAACAAUGAUGUGACUCAAUCUGAAGUCAAUAAUUAUGAAAUUAUUCCAGCUUUUACUGAACAAUUGCAGGAAGAAGAGUGCCUUACUGGUGACACAGUGCAACCCAUGCAAAACAAGUAUGAGUCACCCAAGAUGCCAUCAAAUGAGAUACUUACUGAUGUAAUAACUUAUGAGCGAGAGUCAAAGCAUAUUUUUGAUGAUAUUCAAACUGAGCAAGAUGCUCACAGAAUAAUAAGUGAAACACAAGAUCAUGAAAUUGAGGUUCCACAACAGCAUUGCCCUCUAGAGCUGAUCCAGAAUAAGGUGGAUAUCAAUGAUAAAGCUUAUCUUCAUGACAGCUCAGAGGAUUUACUUGUGAAAGAUGUAGAGGAAGAAUCCAAAGAUUUGUCUUUAAUGGAAGAUGUGAAAAUUAUUGAGGAUGAAAGAAACCAGGCAGAACUUGAUAGUCUGGAAUUUACAGAUAAAGAGUUGGAAGAAAUUAAUCAAGAAGAAACUCAAGAAUCGAGUCUCCAGAAGACAGUAGGAGAGGAUAUAGUUGCAGUAAUCCCACAGAAACCACCAAAGCCAGCAGACACCUAUUGUGUUACCUGUGGGCUUCCAAUCUUUGCAAUUGAUAAACUGUUUGGAGAACAUCAAGAUCAUGAUGUCAUCUCAAUAGAUGCAGCUGUGGUGAACCUAAAGGAAAAGUUGGAUGUGUUUAUGGAGGCAGCUGAGGAAAAGGCAUACAGAACAGAGGAAUUUGUGACAGAACUAGAAGAUGCAUUUAAUACUGUUGAGGAAAAUUGUGCCAAAGAGGAGAAGUAUCUGGAGGAGCAGCACGAAGAAGUAAUGAAGUUGCUGCUGUCACAGUACACUGAGAUGACACAGGUCCUUGAAGAGGAGAAAAAGAUGAAACUAGAACACUUGUGUGACCAAAUGGUCCAUUACCGAUGUAGCAUUGAUUCGACAAAGGAGGCUGCUGAGAAGACGAGAGAGAGCCUUGAACUUGAUGACUUGGCAUUCCUAAAGUCCUUCAGGAUGAUCAAUGACAGAGUGAUUUCUGCUUUGGAGACUGCAAUUUCUCUGGAUUUGAAGCCAAGUUGGUGUUCCUCCUUGGAAGACCUUGCUGUCAAAUCUUCAAGAUCUGGAUUUGAGUCCUUGAAAAAUUUACCUGUUCCCCACUCUCCAACAAUUGUACCUCAGGAGCCAAAUGCAGCAACCAGCACAACAAUAACCGUCUAUUGGACAGUUGCAGAGGAAGACGUCAUUGAUUAUUUCCAGGUGUACUGCGUGGAGCAUUCUGAGGGAAGCCGAGAACUAAGCGGGAGUACUGCUGAAGAAUAUAAAAUGGCGGUGAAGGAAAGUUAUUGUAUUCUGGACAAUCUGGAGCCAAGCAGGCGUUAUCUAGUUUGGGUGAUGGCAGUGAACUUUGCUGGGUGCAGUCUGCCCAGUGAGAAAGCGAUGAUUCAAACUGUUCCAGCGGCACCUAUGAUUAAUGCUGAGGAUUGUACUGUGUGCUGGGACAGUGCCAGUAUCCGCUGGACGUCUGGAGAUCUCGAUACUAUUGACUUCUUCAUCCUUGAGUUUCACAAACAAAACUAUCAUCAAAAAUCAAAGUUCAGGAAGGAUGUGGAAACCACAGAAAGGAUGCAGAGGAGAUUUACAAGGAUGUUGCCUGGAUUGGAGAGCAUGCCUUAUGAAAACAGGUCUAUGGCAGGAAUCCGAGGAUGUGAGCAGACAGUCAGCUUGCCACCACUUGAGAACUUCCUGUUCUUUGUUAAAGCUGUGAACAAUCUUGGAUGCAGUGACACAAGCAAACCAGCACUGAUUUCCACUAAAAGUACUCGCUUUCAUCUGAACAAAGAAACAGUCCCUCCAAGUAUGCAGCUGUCUGAAGAUGGGACAGUCAUUCACUUUGAUGACCAAGCUAUGGAAAAUGAGAAUCCACUGACUGAGUGCCGUUCUGUUCUUGGAGAAACUUUGCCUCCUCGGGGUCAACACUACUGGGAAGUAACAGUUGACCGGUGUGAAGCCUACAGGAUUGGAGUAACAUACCUCAGCACAAGAAGCUGUUCAUUGGGGAGAAGUAACAAAUCGUGGUGCAUGCGAUAUUAUGCAACUGCAGCAGGGCAUAGAUACGAAUUUCUUCACAACAGUACAUUACAUGAUGUCCUUCUCACAGAAUUCCCAACAAGCGUUGGUGUUUUUGUGGACUGUGACAGUGGCCAAUUGUCGUUCUUCAAUGCCCACAACAGACAGUUACUUCAUACCUUCAAGCACCAAUUCACUGAUUUCAUCUGCCCAGCCUUUGUAGUUGAGAAGCCUGGAUUUCUGUCUUUGUGUACAGGAAUUGAAUUACCAAAGUUUGCUAAAUGCAGCAAGUGCUAAACAUUUUCAUGCUAUCAGAGACUUCAGUUGUCCAAGUCUUUCAACUGUUGUAAUCUUUGAUUUUCACAUCCCAAACUUAUCCUGAUACACAAAAGAAGCAGCUAUAUCUGUCUCAACAAAUUCAACGUAUUCUUAACUCAUUGUGAAGGAUUAUCCACAGUUCAGCUCCACUGUAUCAUUAAAGAUGCUGAAAUAAUUUAGAAGAGAAAUAUGUUCCAUUUUAUUCACAGUACAAUGAAGCUUCCAGUAGAUCCAAUCAACAAUGGACACCGUUGCAUGGGAAUUGCUAUUUCUUAGUGUUAUUUCCUUAUGUUGAAGCUGGUUGGAUAACAUUCUCUAAGUUUUUAUGAUAUCAUUAAAAAAAAGUAGAAAGAUGGUGAUCAUUCAGUUUCAGUGGAGUCCUUCUUUGGAAUUUAUUGAAAAAAAUCCCCCAGUUUAAUCCAUUAAAUAUAUUCAAUUGACAAACCAUAGACCAUAGACAGAGGAGCAGAAUUAAGCCAUUCAACCCAAUGAGUGUGCCCAAAUGGUUGUGCUUAAGAGCUAAAUAAUUUUAGGGAUUUUAAAAUGUGCAUUAAAUGAUGUUUUGAUAUUCAUCAUGCUUACUAAAGGGUGAAAAAUAUCUUCAGAUAUUGUUUGAUAUCUACCCGUAGCAUAUCCCUGAUACUGCAUGUUUGUUAAAAUAACACUGCUGUCUGGGUUUUUUUUUAAUGAUAUUCCAAAUUAUUUAUCAUGUGUUGAUUUACAUAAAAGGUUGUCUUUUCACACUGCAACCAUUUUUGUUGUAGACCUGUGCAAAUCAAAAUAUAAGUUCUGAUAAUAUAGAAUUGGAUAUAAAUAAUCAUACAUACUGUGGUUUAAUUGUCUAUUUUAUCAUUCUGCUGGAUAUACCUUCUUUGUAGAUUUGGAAGAUGUUUGGGAAAUAAUCUCAGUGAAAUUCAAAAUUAUGACAUUGAAAGUCAUGACAAGAGCCCUGAUCAUGCAGUAGUUAGAACAUCGACAACACAACUACAGCAAUGCCUAAUAGAGGUUGCCUAUUAACCAGACUCCCUUGAAAAUUCCAAAUUUCUUGAGGUUCGACUUAUGCUCCUUUGUGAUAAAUUUGUCCAGUCCAAUCCCCCAGAGAAUUACUUUAAAAUAGUAUUCUUACAUAGACAGCUUUUGAGGUUUGACAGCAACAUGCUUGUUUUAUGUAUUGUUAUGUAAUAUAUGUGACACACAAGAAUAUUUUUUUCUUGCAGGAACGUUUUGUAUUGCUUUAAUUAAUUGAUAUAUUUGAAAAUUAAAACAAUUGCAUUUUUACACAAGCCAAACUGAUACUUAACAUGCUCUAUUGUGGAUACUCUUUUUUUAAAAAAAGUGGCAUGUCAUACAGGACAGUUUGAUAUGAAAUUUACCAGUCAGAGAGGGAGCUGUUAACAUAUCUUACCAUGUUUGUGGUAUGUACGGGUACUUUAUAUUACUGUUAAUUUCAACUCAUGAAUGGAAAUCAUACCUUUUUUUGCAUUGGCAUGAAUUUCUUGUCAUCAAGUAGGCAAAUGAAAGCUAUUUUUUGAUUCUGUGAAACUGCGGUUAUUGUCUGUCAGAGGCAAAGACAAUUGUAGGUUUCAGUACUUUUCAAUCCUUUUAGUUUAAUUGAACCUUUUAUGUAAAUUAAGAUAAUCUGGGCUGGUUUUGUAGGUUAGGAAGGCAAAUAAAACAGUUUAAAGGCCAUGGAAGUAUGUAAAAUGAUGUCAUACUAAAAUUCUGCUGUUUUGGUGAGACACCCUGUAAAUUUAUCCAUGAGCCAGCUUUAUAGUAAUGAUAACAUGUUAUACUCCACCUCGGAAAGUUGGUGCCAUUGAAAUCAUCUAUGGAGGGAAACGACGACUUCAACUAAAAUGAAUUUCGGAAAGAGAGGAGUGAGCUUCUUAUAUUCAAAUUUCCGGUUAUGCCCAUUAAUGCCAGCAAUUCACAAAACAGAUUAUCUAACCUUGCAGGAAAAUCAUAAGGCUAAUCCCUGGAAUCUGAGACCUUGAUUAAUAGAAACUAUUAAAUUAUGUUUAGGACUUACUAUGAAAUGGAUAUUAGAAAAAUAAUGGAGGCAAACAACCUUAUGAUUCUUCCACUGUGUGUUAGGUGCUGUGAUGAGGUUUCUUUUUCUGAAUGGAUAAGAUAGAAUGGCUGAAAAGAUUUUACUGAUCCACUUUUCAUUUGUGAUAAAAGGCUUGUACAGCUCUUACUAAGAAUUUUUUGAGGUUUAAUGAAAGAAUAUUGUGAUGGGGAGUAUUAUAGGACUAGUUUUGUAAGUGUCUGAAUUAAAUAUAAGAUAUCAUAUUAAUUCAAUUACUGGAUUAGCUGCCAAGUUUCAAUGCCAUUGAUCUAGUGAAAUAAGUUCAAAAGACACUUUGGCUAAUCAAGAAUUUAAAUCAAUUAAUUAAAUAAACCUGGGGUCUAUUUUUAUUAAAAUAUGCUAGUCUUGGUAAUUGUGGGCUUUUGAAACUACUGGAUUGUUGUAAAACUCAUCUGGUUCACCUGUGUCAUUCAGAGGAAAUCCACCAUCCUUAUUUUGGUCUGGCCUUCGCAUGACUGAGAUCAAACAUUGUGCUGAGUCAUUACUAUCUCAACCAAUCAGAGGCGCCUAGGGAUGGACAAUAAACACUGGUGUCGCCAAUGAUGUACACAUCAUGUGAAAGAAUACAUUUAAAAACACUGUUCUUAGAAGGUGCAAUAAAUUGUUAGGUGAUUAACUAUCAAUUGUGUUUUCUGCUAUGAAUUUAUUUAUUUUAAUUUAUAUUUUAUUUCAUAAAAAUGAAGCUGAAAGUAGUCAUAUGUCAAUGCUAUGCAUUGCAGCUAAAAAAAACCCUAUUGAGCUGACAAUACCCCUUAAUGUGGGUAUUAUAAACACUCUGUGUUAUAUCAAAUGCCAGGAGGAAUCUGAGAAUGUUGUUAUAGAGAGAAAGAUUAAUGGAUAAUUUCAUUAAAUUAUCAUAGAAAAUCUUUAAAUUUUUUUUUCUAGCACAGGAAUGAAAAGAUAUUAAACUUUAGUUUUAGCCUUUAUAUAAUUGCCUAAAAGUCAAGAGAAAACAGAUGUGGCAACAUCUAUACUGGCUGGCUGGUGGUGUAGUGACAUCCACACUGGACUUUGAGGAGGAUCAUCCCGGGUUCAAAUCCGAUCGGUUCCUUGCACACUUUCCAUCCCUGCUUGUGUUGAGGGUCAAGCUAGCAACUCAGUCUCAUAAAAAGCAGACAAAUAUUACGGAAACGGCCCAAUGCACCACAGGGCGCAAAAAGGAACAACAUCUAUACUGAUGAAAUUUUUAAAUUCUGGCAUCAUAAAUACAACAAUGCAGCUAAUAGAAAAUAUGUAGGAGAUAAUUAUAAACAAUUUAUAUUGAUAAUGGCUCCAUUGCGUUAUUCACCAACUAUCCCUUCAUCUCCGUUCUAAGAUUGCAACAUAAAUUGGGCCUUUGAAACAUAUCAGCGCCUCUAAUUCACCAUAAAAAUUAAGUCAAGUGAGGUGCAGGGCAGCUCCUUACUGAAAGAAACCUUAACGGUAAGUGUUCUGAAUCGAUCUUUGAUUGUUUAUAGAGAUCAUGAAUCUGAACUUAUUCUCACAAAAUAAGAUCUCUUUUGGCUCCUGGCAUAAAGUUUACACAGAUUGUUAAGGAUUUGGAUAAUGAACUUCCAGUUGAUAAUAAACCAUGUGUGCAAAUGACUGGAUAUACUUUCCUUUUGCCUUUCUAGAAAGAAAUGUAAGCUGUUCUCUUUGAU